AUGAAUCUAUUGAAGUUAGCUUUCAAUGCAACAAAGAAAGAACUUUUGGAUACCAUUAACAAGUUCUCCAAUUUACAUGUACCAAAAGAUGAUCCAAGAGCAAUCCAAGGGCUUGAAAUUUGCAAAGAAUUAGUCGAAAACUCGGUGAAUGAUUUAGAGAGAUCAAUGAAUUCUGUGAAUGGCAUUGAAUUGAAAGAAUUAGACCAAUUGAUGGAGAAUCUUAAGGUAUGGAUUAGUGGGGCUUUAACGUACCAAGAAACUUGUUUUGAUGCAUUUGAAAAUUCGACUAGUAAUGUAGGACAAAUGAUGAAGAAUUUAUUAAAGACUUCAAAGGAGCUUAUUAGUGAUACUUUAAGCAUUGUUUCUAUGCUAAGCUCAUUGAAAAGUUCCUUUGAUGUUAAGCGUGUGUUUCAUCACCGUCGUUUGAUGGAUGACUCGAAACCUAAGGUUGCAUCUGAAUCGCAAAAACUCCUUGCUUGGAUUAAUGAUCAAACACGCCAUAUCAUGAAGCUUCCAACAACGAAAAUUCGUCCUAAUGUGACCGUGGCUUUGGAUGGGAGUGGACAAUAUAAGACUAUUAUGGAAGCGAUAAAUCGAGUUCCUAAUAACAAUGUGGAGGCAUUUGUGAUCUAUAUUAAGGAAGGAGUAUAUAAGGAGCAUGUUAUUGUUGAUAAGAGUAACACUAAUGUUAUAUUUAUUGGUGAUGGACAUAGCAAAACCAAGAUCACCGGAAAUAAGAACUUUGUUGAUGGUUAUCAAACGUUCAAAACUUCAACUGUUGAUAUCAUAGGUGAUGGUUUCAUGGCCAAGGACAUAGGCUUUGAGAACUCAGCAGGACCAACAAAGCAUCAAGCAAUGGCAAUACGCUUAGUAUCCGAUUUCUCUACCUUCUACAACUGUCGUUUUGAUGGAUACCAAGACACUCUUUACGCGGUAAGAUCACGUCAAUUUUAUCGUCAUUGCACCAUUACUGGCACAAUAGAUUUCAUCUUCGGAGAUGCAAUGGCUAUUUUUCAAAAUUGCAAAAUGGCUAUUAGAAAACCAUUAGAAAAUCAACAAUGUAUUGUAACGGCCCAAGGCCGACUACAAUCCGAUGGUCCAGGUGCAUUUAUCCUUCAAAAUUGCACCAUUAACGCGGACCCUGAUUAUUACCCAGUUAAAGAUAAAAAUAGGGCUUUCUUAGGCCGACCGUGGAAGGAUUAUUCUCGAACUAUUAUCAUGCAAUCAUUCAUCGAUGAAGCCAUUCAUUAUGAAGGUUGGGCUCCAUGGUCCGGUGAUUUUGGGCUAGAUACUUUGUUUUACGUCGAAUUUGAAAAUAGAGGGCCUGGUGCAGCCAAAGAAAAGAGAGUGAAAUGGAAUGGUGUCAAGCAGUUAAGUUCAGCCCAAGUUCAAGAUUUUACUAUUAGUAAAUUUUAUGUAAAUGCUAGCUCUUGGCUUAAUACCACUGGAGUGCCACACUACUCCACCAUGCUUAAUAUUUAA